GCAGGAGGAAUCCCCAGCUCUCACACCUUGUUUUCAUCCCCAAACCAGGAUUUCCCAUUCACAAACCUUGGCCCGAUGCAGGAGGAGGAGGAGGCUGUGAGGAAGAGGAAGAUGUCCCGGGAGCUUAAUGCAGGAGCUGAGCAUAGAGAGCAGGGAGGACAAAUCCCCACGGCAGAACCUCGUGGAAGAGGCUGUUUUGAGCAACUCCACAGCACAGGAACCCAAUGGGGAGGAAAAGUCUUGGAGAACCUGCACGAGGAGGGGCUGCAAACACAGAUCUCGGGGAUCUGAGGAGGAAAGUCCCACCCAGGGCUGGGAAGGCGGCCAGAGCUCGGAGCUGGGGGUCCAUGAGCAGCUUCAGGUUGGGGAGAAGCCCCACAAGUGCUCGGAAUGUGGGAAGAGCUUCAGCAAGAGAUCCUACCUGGUCCGCCAUUGGAGAAUCCACACAGAGGUUCGGCCAUACGAGUGUCCCGAGUGUGGGAAGAGCUUCAGGAGGAGCUGCUACCUGCCUGUCCACCUGCGGAUCCACACUGGAGAGAGACCCUACAAGUGUGAUAAAUGCAGGAGUAGGUUUCAGACCAGUUCUCAUCUCUGCCAGCACCAGCGCAUUCACUCAGAUGAGAGACCCUUCCGCUGCCCUGACUGCAGGAAGGGCUUCAAGGACAAUUCCACCCUCGUCAAGCACCGGCACAUCCACACCGGAGAGGGGCCUGGGGCGAGGCCGUACGUGUGUGAUCAAUGCUCGAAGGCGUUUAAGACCAGCUCCCAUCUCCUGCUUCACCUGCGCACUCACACAGACGAGAGGCCCUUCCGCUGCCCCGACUGCGGGAAGGGCUUCCAGCGCAACACCCACCUCACCAGCCACCGGCGCAUCCACACCGGGGAGACGCCCUAUGAGUGUCCCAAGUGUGGGAAGAGAUUCCGGCAAAGCUCAGCCGUGACCUACCAUCAACGGAGGCACCACUAAGGGCAGCCCUGUGAGUGCCCUGAGUGCAGGAAGAGCUUCCUGUGCUGCUCCAGCUCCAUCCCCUAUGGGAGAUCCACCCUGGAUGAUCCCCAGUGACCCCCGGUGAUCUGUGGUGCCGGUGAUCCCUGUUGGGAAGACACCUGGCUGGGGGGCUCCACAUCCUCCUGGCUGCCUGUGGAUACCUGCACACAUCCAUGGACCAACAUCCAAAAUCCAUUUUGUAGAGCUGAUUUGUCCACUCCUGACCCCAGAAAAAAGUCACUUUUUGCCUCUUCUGGUGGCCUUAACAACACUGGAUAGUCUUGGAGGUCUUCUCCAACAUAAAUCGAUCGUUUUAAUUCUCUCUGGCCCAUGGGCAUCUUCCACAGCCAAAUGGGGAGAAAACCCUCAAUGGGUUUUUGCCAAUGGGACAAAACUCUCAAUUUUGGACACAGUUGGGUGGGAACUCCUCCAAAAAAGGUUCUUCCCACCCGCCAAGCACAUGGUUGCUCUGCCAGCAGUGAUAUAUAAAUAGUUCGUUUUUUUUUUUUGCCUUGAAACUAAAAGGUUUCUGUUCAUUCCUUUCAAAGCCCUGAAACUGGGGUAGAAAUAAAAGUGUUGAACUAAGGCGUGCAUGAGGACA